AGCGCGGAGGCGGUGCCGGGCGCGGCGCAGAGCGGAGGAUGCUGCGGGCGGGGGCUGCCGCCGCCAGCCCCGGUGCCGGUCCCGGGCCGGAGGGCCCCCCGCCGCAUCCCGCCCGCUGAGCCCGGCUCGGCCAUGGGGGCUCUGACCAGCCGGCAAAACGCAGGGGUGGAGGAAGUGGAUAUCCCCGCUAAUUCCGUCUACAGAUACCCCCCGAAAUCCGGGAGCUACUUUGCCAACCACUUCAUCAUGGGCGGCGAGAAGUUCGACUCCACGCACCCCGAGGGUUACCUUUUCGGCGAGAACAGCGACCUCAACUUCCUGGGGAACCGGCCCGUGGUGUUCCCUUAUGCUGCUCCACCUCCUCAGGAACCCGUGAAGACCCUCAGGAGCUUAAUCAACAUCCGCAAGGAUACCCUGCGCCUUGUCAAGUGCUCGGAAGAGGUGAAGACCCUGGGGGAAGAAGUCAGCAAAGCCAAGGUGCACUACAACGUGGAGUUCACCUUCGACACAGACGCCCGCGUGGCCAUAACCAUCUACUACCAGGCGAGCGAGGAGUUUCACAACGGGGUGGCGAGCUACAUCCCCAGGGACAACAGCCUGCAGUCGGAGACGGUGCACUACAAGCGGGGGGUGUGCCAGCAGUUCUGCGUGCCCUCCCACACCGUCGACCCCUCCGAGUGGAGCGAGGAGGAGCUGGGCUUCGACCUGGACCGGGAGGUGUACCCCAUGGUGGUGCACGCGGUGGUCGAUGAAGGAGAGGAGCACGCUGGGCACUGCCACGUGCUGCUGGCCACCUUUGAGAAGCACAGCGAUGGCACCUUCUGCGUGAAGCCCCUCAAGCAGAAGCAAGUGGUGGAUGGUGUGAGCUACCUCCUGCAGGAGAUCUACGGCAUCGAGAACAAGUACAACACGCAGGACUCCAAGGUGGCCGAGGACGAGGUGAGUGAUAACAGCGCCGAGUGCGUCGUCUGCCUCUCGGACGUCCGCGACACCCUCAUCCUGCCCUGCCGCCACCUCUGCCUGUGCAACACCUGCGCCGACACCCUGCGCUACCAGGCCAACAACUGCCCCAUCUGCAGGCUGCCUUUCCGAGCCUUGCUUCAAAUCCGAGCCAUGAGGAAAAAGCUGGGUCCCCUCUCGCCCACCAGCUUCAACCCCAUCAUCGCCUCGCAGACCUCCGACUCCGAGGAGCACUCGUCCUCAGAGAACAUCCCCCCAGGCUACGAGGUGGUGUCGCUGCUGGAGGCCCUCAACGGGCCGCUGACGCCCUCGCCGGCCGCCCUGCCGCUGCGCGCACUGGGGGACCCCCCGGGCGCGGGGACCCUGCCCUCCUACGGCAGCGACGGCCCCCUGCCCCCCCUGCGGGCCCUCUCGCCCCUCGAGCGCCUCCCCGACUGCGGCCCCGCGGGGCUCAAGCUGAAGAAGAGCAUCUCCAAGUCCGCCUCGCAGAACUCCUCCAUCCUGCCCGAAGAGGAGGACGAGAAGUCGUGCACCGAGUCGGAGCUGAGGAUCUCCAGGAGGAGAUCCCCUGCCCGGCGUGAGGAGGAAUGUGGCGCGACGCCAGAGAGUGAAAACCUCACCCUGUCAUCGUCAGGAGCCAUCGACCAGUCCUCGUGCACCGGGACCCCCCUCUCCUCCACCAUCUCGUCCCCAGAAGCCCCGCUCAGCCCCCGCUCUCCCCCAGAGCCCGUCAGCAGCAGCCUGGCCCAGUCCGUCAUGUCCAUGGCCUCCUCCCAGAGCCAGCACUCCCAGCUCAGCACCGACACCGUGUCCUCCAUGUCUGGCUCCUACAUUGCUCCUGGCACGGAGGAGGAGGAAGAGGAGGGGGACAUGCUCCCCUCGCCUGCGGCUGCCAGCGCCACAGCCUCUGACGAAGAGUCAACACCUGUGGAGUCCCCGGAUAUAAACUUCGUCAGCGUGUCGGCCGAGGAGCGCGAUGCCGAGGGCAACGAUGUGCUGGAGGACGAGGACGCCUCUCCCACGCAGGAAGACGGCCCGAGGACAGGCGCUUUCCUCGGUCUGAGGUGUGACAAUAACAAUGACUUGGGCAUCGCACACGUGAAAGCGCUGGACAAUAAACUGUGCUCUGAGGCCUGCUUACCUGGCUCAGAGGCAGCCAACAACAACGUGCGGCUGCAGCAGGCGCCCUGGCCCCGCAGCCCCCCCGGCACCUGAGACCUGGAGCAGGCAGCGGCUGCCCAUCCCACGUGAGGGCUCAGCCUCGGCGGGGGCACACAGCCCCCCGCCCACCCAGAGGGACCCUGGUGUCCGGGCACCAUGGGCAUCGCCACCUCUACCCCUCAGCUGUAGCAGGACUGAUUUUUGAAAGAAAAGACGGUAACCUUGAAUUUUCCUCCCCGGCCCCCCUGUGCAGAGGGGGGCCGAGAGCCAUGUCACUUUGGAGCCCCCCCAUCAGCACCUUCUCAUCCUCCAGCCCCGAUGGGGGCAGGCUGGGGUCCCUUCCUGCCCCCGGCCAUCUCACACCCCUGGGCUCCUCUCCUCCAGAAUGUGGAGCAGAUGGGACGGGCUCACCCCACGAAGGGGGUCCGGGGACACGGAUGGAGGGGGAUGAUGGGAGGAGGAUGCCCAGGGGUGCGGGUUAAGGACAAGUGUUGACAUUAGCAUCUGCAGUGCAUGAGCCGGUGACCUUCGUGGGGGGGCCGGCCCCUCCCAGGUUUGCUGAUCUGUGCCCCAUACCAUGCCAUGGGAUGUCUCUGUGCCAUGCCGUGGGACGUCCCCACGUCUGCGGUGGCGGUGAUGGUGCCCUCCUAGGUCCCCUCCCUCCACUCUCCUCCUGGACAGCAUGUGGGCUCUUGAGCCGGGCCCUCGAGGUUGCUUUUCCCCAGGGGAUGGAGCAGGGUGGGCAGGGGACCUAAUAUGCCCCCCUCCCCAGGUCACCAGCCCCUGGGGCAUCCCUAAUUUAACUUCCCUGUCUUCCGCCCCGCUGUGAGCUCGGGGCUCGGGGCUGUGCCCUCUCUCUGGAACAAGUGCCAAAAGUGUCACCCCCCCGUCCCACCUGUCCUGCCCUCUCCAUUGCGCUUUGUAGCAGGGGGUGAAUGAGGGGGUGGGAGCUGCCCCCCACCCCUCCACCCCCACCCCUCCAUCCCCACUCCUCCAUCCCCACCCCUCCAUCCCCACCCCUCUGGCCAGCACUGGGCUGACAGUGUAACCGGGUUUUGCUCCAGGGGACAGACACACCAGUGGGGUAGGGAGGCAGCCACAGACCUCGGGGACGUGAUGGGGCCAUCCAGAGGCUGGGCUCCACACGGAGACCAUCAGGGACAGUCAGAAGCUACUUUGCGGAGCAUCAGACCCAACAUCCCAAUCUAGUGAGCUCUGGAGCUGUUCGGGCCAGCCCAGGGCAGGAGGCUGAGCCCCCCUUCUCCCCACUGGGUUUUGUCAGGCAGAUGUGAUAGCAAAGGCCACCUCCUCGUUGCAGGAGGAAACUCCGUUUCAGAGCUACCUUAGGAUGGAGACGUUCAGACCAUGAAAGCAACAGCCCACAGCGGCUGCACAGUGUGUGCGGGGAGCAGGUCCCCACUGCCCGUCCCCACGGUGGAGCAUGGGCUGUGCUGAUGGCCGUGGCUCCUAAAGCGGGGUAAAAGCCCUUUUUGAGGCUGGGGGUGUGUGUGUGUGUUUUCUCUGCCUGGCUCAUAGCUGGGGCCGCAGUAGCUGCUCACUCCGUGGCCCUGGUGUGGGUCCUGCCAGAGGUGGGGUCAGCGUCAGCCACGCUGCUGCUCCCUCCUCCGGGCUGGCACCCCGCCGUGUCUCCUGUAAGCUCAACAGCUCCCACAUUCCUCCCUGAGAACCCAGGGCUGGGUGCUUGAAGGGAGAUGGCAUCUCCAAACCACUGUCCCAUGGGGUGGGAGCUGUGAACAGCAGGGAGGGCUAAAGCAGCGGGGACGAGCCUUGCACCCUAUCUGGGGACAUGCUGCGUCCCCCUGUGGGGCAGCCCGUGGGUUUGGGUGUCCCACCCCCGAGGAGUCAGCAGCACCGUGCUGGGCACAGGCAGAGCUUUGGGGGUUCACCGUCACACUGAGCUGAGAAAACCAGGGGGGCUGUGGGAAGCCGGCUGUCCCCUGACCCUCCGGCACGGGCAGGGAUGGGAAAAAAUCAGUCUGAUGCUCCAGGGGUGGCUUGUCUACCAAAGCCCAGCCUUCCUCGUGGCUUCAAGGGGACAACGAGAGCUCGCCUGGCCUGGCCAGGCACCGCAGCGUAGGGCUGCAGCAGUGCUUGUGGCUGCUGGCAGGACAGGCAGGUGCUGGGAGGCGACCAGGAGGGUUUUCUGGCUGCUCCGGGCUGUGUGUCCCCAAGGCAUCUCACGGGGUGGCUGCAGAGCGGGGUGGCUGCGUGCGGGCACCUGACGCUCGCUUGGAGGGACCUUGGCUGCCGGCGAGCGCACGGCGAUGGAGAGGAGCCGGGAGGAGGCUGUGCCCAUGCAGCGUGCUCUCAAGCAAAGCCACGAGCAUCCUCCGCCGUGGCACAGGAGAGACAGGGUUUUGGUGCAGGUGACACCAGCGCCGUCCUCGGCCACCCAGCAGGGACGAGGGGUGGGCAGGAGCUGCCAGUGCCGGCAGCAUGGCGUGAAAAGCAACGGCCCCUUGCCUCGCAGGGCAGCCCCUUGUUCCAGGGAUCCACCCGCCAGGGAUUUAAGGAAGGAAACCAGAUUGCUGCUUACGGCUUUGCUUUGAGCAUGUUUUGGAUUUUAAGAGUAUGUUUAAUAAAGGGUAUCUUAUGUC